AUGGACACAAUGCUGGUUCCUCCAUGGCUGGAACCAUUGCUAAACACAGCUUUCUUCUCCACCUGCCGGACACAUCAAGACGCAGCGAGGAGUGAAUGCAAUAUGUAUUGCUUGGAUUGCAAUGGCGAUGCAUUUUGCUUUUACUGCCGAUCAUCCAAACACAAGGAUCAUCAAGUAAUCCAGAUAAGGAGAUCUUCAUAUCAUGAUGUGGUGAGGGUUUCGGAGAUUCAGAAGGUUUUGGACAUAAGUGGAGUACAAACCUAUGUCAUAAACAGUGCCAGGGUUUUGUUUCUGAAUGAGAGGCCCCAACCAAAAACUGGGAAAGGAGUUUCUCACAUUUGUGAAGUCUGUGGGAGAAACCUUUUGGACCCUUUUAGAUUCUGUUCAUUGGGCUGUAAGCUUGUAGGAAUAAAGAGAAAUGGGAAUGCAAACUUCACCUUAGGGGCAGAGAAUGAGGUGGUAAUGCAAAGAGGGGAAGGGAUAUCAAGAAGAGUAAUAUCAUCAUCAACAACAAGAGAGGAAGAAGAAUUGCGUGGUGGCUCACAACAAGACAUAUGCCCGCCCACGCCUCCCCCACCUCCCUCUAAUGCUAGAAGAAGAAAGGGCAUUCCUCAUAGGGCACCCUUUGGAUCCUAA